CGAUAUGUUGUCUCAAAUGGUAAAGAUCAAACAAUGAGGCUAUGGGAUCUGCGGAAAAUGCGCAGUCAUUCGGAGUGGGAGGAGAUGCCUGAGCGACAUUACGGCUUGACCCACUGGGACUAUCGGUAGGUGCUCACCGGCGUGACCAUGCAUAUGACGCGACAAAGUUUGUGGCAGAAACGGGUCAUAUAACAAGCCGCGUUUCGAUUCACACCCUCAAAAUUGCAGCAUCAUGGCUUACAGAGGCCACACAGUGUUAAAAACGCUCAUACGGUGUCAUUUCAGCCCAGCUGAGACAACAGGUGCAAGCUAUUUGUACACCGGCUCAGCAGAUGGCCGCAUCCAUGUGAGUGCGCGCGGGCGUGCCGUGCCGUCUGUGAAAUAUUGAUCUAUGAUGAAACAGAUAUAUUCUUUAGAUGGUCGGGUAGUUCAGGUUCUGGAUCGGUCUAAGGCCUUGCCAAUCUCUUUCGACCCCUCUGAACCCGAACCACCGCUAACG